AUGCGCCGCCCUACACCGGCCCUCGCGGCCCUAAUCCUGGCCCUUGCCCAAGCAACAACAGCAAGCUACGCCUUCUACGUCGGCAAAAACCUCACAGCCAGCGGGGGCACCAUGAUCGGAGGCACAGGCGAAGAAGUCUCCAGCCACUGGCUGCAGCUCUUCCCCGCGCGCUCUCACCCCCCAAACACCACAAUCACCGUCGGGGUAACCCAAGACGCGAUCUACCCGGGGCAACUGAUCCAGAUCCCGCAGGUCAACCAUACAUAUCGGUAUCUGAGCAUGGAAUAUACGGAUUUCGAGGGGUUGCCGCCGCCGCUGACGAAUGGGGGGGUUAAUGAGUAUGGAGUUGGGGUUAGGGAUGUUUGGGCAGAUAACAGGGAUGAGUUGCUGGAGAUGACGCCGGAUCCGCAGCGCGGGUUGCAGUAUAGUGACCUUGCGAGGGUGGUCAUGGAACGGGCGAGGACGGCGAAAGAAGGUGUGCGGAUUAUUGGGGAUAUGAUCAAGAAGUAUGGAGAGGCGACGUAUGGUGGGAACUCGCAUCUUAUUGCUGAUUAUGAAGAGGGGUGGAUUGUUUGGGAGAUGGCCGGUGGGAAGGGGCUAUGGGCUGCGCAGCGUCUGGGCCCUGAUGAGGUUAAAGUGCUGUAUCCGGGGUAUAUCGAGGAUUUCCCGGUCUACUUCCAGGACAGCCCCGACUACAUGGGCUCAGACAACAUCGUCUCCUUUGCCGUUGAGCAGGGCUGGUGGAACAAGGCUUCCGGCAAGCCAUUCAACAUCUUCGACGUCUACGGUCCGCAGGAUCCCCGGUAUAAAGCCCGCGACGGCGGAUACAAGUACAUGUCCCAGGCCGCUUUGGAAAACGCUACAUUGGCGAUGGCCCCAGUCACAGAAGAGGACCUCAUGGCGCGGGUCCGCGACCACCGCAUCGCCGACGACGAAUCCGGGUACGGACAAGUUCUUACUCUAAGGCCUGGCGUGGACGCAGAUAUGCUUCGAAUAUGGAUCGCACCGACAGGUUCCGUCUCUGCACCGUUCGUCCCCUGGUGGCUCGGUGUGCAGUCCAUCCCGCCUGAAUUCGGAGAACACAGGUACCUGACGACCGGGGCGUCGAGCAGUUUUCUGAAUCCUGAUUACCAGCUGCAGGAGGCGUCUGAGUUUGCGGGGAGGGUGUUCAAGCGCGUGCUGUACUACAUGUGCUCCGCGCCGAACCAGUAUCUCCCGCUUGUCACGGAGGUGUUGAAUGGGUUUGAGUCGGAGUCUCGCGAUCAGGUUUACGGAUGGGUUGAGAAGGCCGCGCAGGGCUUAAUCGAUGGCGAGCAAAGGGAAGAGGCACAGUCGUUGUUGACGUAUUACUCUCAUUCGCGAGCAGCAAAGGCCCUUGAGAUUGGUCACCGCUUGAACGGUGCUCUUGAUGGCUACAUCAAGCUCACUGGCAGAUGGCGCAGUCCGGUUGGGAGUGAGGUCAACGAUAGUGGAGAGGGGAAUGAGACGGUGAACUGUCUGGUUGGGUAUGAUCCAGACCAGCCUGCCUAUCUACAGCACCAGGGGGUUUAA